GAAAAAAAGAAAAAAAAAAAAGUAAAAGUAGCCGCCUCAUCUUCCUCGUCGCGCCUCGUUGGCUCUCUCUAUGGGAAGCCCGAUUUAGGGUUUCUUCGAUUAAUUGUCAUUUUAUCAUCGUCACAAAGCUCUAGACUCUUUCGGUAAUCUCAUCUUCUUCGGCUCUCCUGUCUCUCACUCUGUCUUCAUUUCGGUUUUAGGGUUUUCUUCACAAUCUAGGUUUGCAACCUAACAAAGAAGUUAAAAGGGACUAUUGUUAGUUAAUUUUAUUCGGAUUAUAACAUGCCAAAAGAGAGGAAACAGCGGUCGGUGUCUCAUGAAAAGUUUAGAGGAUCACCACUGUAUUGUGAGUGUGAGUCAAGCCGUGCUCUAAAGCCGAGUGAUAAACAGGUUAAGGAAUGGGAAGAAGCUCGGUGUCCUGUCUGUAUGGAACAUCCUCACAAUGGGAUCCUUCUCAUUUGUUCUUCCUAUGAAAACGGUUGCAGGCCUUACAUGUGUGACACUAGCCACCGCCAUUCUAACUGCUUCGAUCAGUUCCGCAAAGCUUCUAAACAGACACCACCGCAAGAGGAAACUAAUGUACCAACUGAGACACAAGGUGUAGCUUCAGACUCAACCGCUGUAAAUCUGAGAGAAGAGGCUUUACCUGAGUUUACAGUUGUGAAUGUAAGAGAAGGUGAGAGAGUAGCAGAAGUAGAAGGCAUUGUAGCAACGGAGGAUGACCAAGAAAAAACCAAACCAAAGCUUACUUGCCCGUUAUGCCGUGGACAUAUAAAAGAAUGGGUAGUUGUUGAAGCUGCUCGAUGUUUCAUGAACUCGAAACAUAGAAGCUGUUCUUCUGAGACUUGUGAUUUCAGUGGAACCUAUUCUGACUUGAGAAAGCACGCAAGGCUUCAGCAUCCAGGAGUAAGGCCAUCACAAGCUGAUCCGGAGAGACAGAGAGGCUGGAGGAGGUUAGAAAGGCAGAGAGAUUUAGGGGAUUUACUUAGCACACUCCAAUCUUCUUUUGGAGGAGAAGAAAGAAGUAAUGACGAUGGAAUUUUAUCGUUUGAUGAUGGUGGCUGGCUUACAGUGUUCUUCCUCAUCCGCGUGUUUAGGCCAGAGUCGAGUGGCUCAAGGAGGAGUAGUAGCUGGUCAGGUACAUCUAGAGCUAGGUCACAGAUAGGUGUGAGAAGAAGAUCUUCAAGGCUAUGGGGAGAGGGCUAUGAAGGUGAUACAGGAACAUCAUCUAGGGAUGAAGAGAAUCACCAGUCUUCUGAUGAACAAGUGUCUGGAACUCGAAGACGUCGUGUUAGAAGAAGAGCUUUCAUUGAUGAUGAUGAUGAUGAUGAUGAAGAAGAAACGUGAUGGCUCUCAAUCUCAAUUUGGAAAUCUGGUGUUCGUAUUUUAUGCAGAAGAAAAUGGGGGAACUUGUAGUAAUAACCCCACUUAUGAUACACUAUUUUGUAAAAUUUCUUUUGAGAUUGAAAAAAGGUUUCUAUUGAGGAACAAAAAUAUUCAAUAA